CUGGAGCCGGCGGCGGGCUGUUCGGCCACAUCACCGAGCGACCAGCCGCGACGCCCGCCAGAAGCCUUUAAUUCCCGGGGGAAGGCGGGUGGGUGUUCGGGGGGGGGGGACCAGGACUCAACCAUGGCGAGCGGAGCUUGUAGCAAAGAUGACUUGCUGGAGGAGGGCCGCGCCGACUCCGGUAUCGACUCGUACCGCUCGAUACUCAAGUCGGAGGAGCCACGGGAGCCGAGCACCGACCUCAGCGGACCGAGGGACAAGUGCUCAGCCGUGGACGAGCGCCUGGACUCGUCCUAUGGCUCCUCGUCCAUCACGGUGGAGAGUCUGUCAGACAUGGUGGAGGGUUUCUCUCUCUCCGGCGCCGUCGGCGAGGAAGUGGGGAGCCCAGAACUGUCCGAGCAGGAGAAUUCUCUCACGACCAUUACAGAAGAUGGAGACACAAUCCUUCAUCUAGCAAUCAUCCAUAAGGAUAAAUUCAUCGCCCAGGAGUUGAUACAGUUCUUCCCAAAAGAAGUGCUGGACAUCCAGAACGACUUAUACCAGAGUCCUCUGCACCUGGCCACCUAUCUGGACCUGUCGGAUGUCGUGAGGAGCUUGGUGGACAAGGGUGCCAGUCUGGAGCUGCAGGACCAGGACGGGAACACGGCGCUGCAUGUGGCCUGCCAGCACGGGCUGACGGAAUGCAUCACCGAAAUGACCAGAGACACCUCUCCUAGCAAACUAGAGCGGGUGCUGGAGACCCAGAACUGGAGAGGUCUGACCUGUCUUCACCUGGCUGCACUGAACAGGCGGCAUCUAGCCAUGAUGCUCCUGAUGAAAAAGGGAGCAGACCUUAAUAUCCAGGAAGGCACCAGCGGUAAAACGGCCCUUCACCUCGCCGUCGAGCUGCAUGACCUCUCAUUGGUCAGGCUGCUGCUCAGCAGCGGCGCAGACGUGGACGCCGCCAUGUUCAACGGCUGCACGGCCCUCCACCUGGCGGUGGGGAGGAAAGACGCCGACAUCGCCCACCUGCUCUGUCAGUUCGGAGCCGACAAAAUGCUGCGAAACAUAGAGGACGAGACGGCACUGGAUCUGGCUGCUGGCGACGAGGACAUCUUGGCUCUCCUCCCUUUUGAUGACAUCCAAAUCUCUGGAAGGUCGGUGGUUGGUGUGAACUUUUGAGCCGAAUCAAAGGGUGAACAACUGCUGGGAGCCUCGUGAGAGCUGGAGCAGUCGUUUUCAAUAGAUAGUUGUAUUCAGGAUGAAAAUUCUGUUAGACAGUGCCUCUUUCUGUAGUUCACUCUCAUGUCUAGAGAUCUAAAUCUUUUCCUCUGACAUGCAGAGUGGCCGUGUUCAUUUGAACUCUGAUUUUAAAAAAUAAUAAUGUUUUUGAGUUGGGAUGUACUUGCCUAAAUAACCCAUCUCACUGUGAGUGCCAAACUUACAAUCAAUAUGCUCAUUUCCCGUCAAAUUUCUACCUCUUUCACAUAUUGAAAUUGUCUGUUUUCCAAACUCUCCAUUGCUGUAGUUUCCAUAAUGUUGUGACGGCCAUCAGAACCUUUUUUAUUUGAAUCAGUAAAUGUAAAUCUGGCAAAGUAAACACACCCCUGCUGUCGAAGAAAUCCAAUGUCCAUGAAAAAAAAGGUAAUAUAUAACAUAAAAUGCAGCUUCAAGUGAUUUUUUUUUAGGUUUGCUGCUUCCUGUUGUAGAACAGUUUUUCUCUAUUUAUCUCAUUUUAUUCUUAAUCUGUAGAAAACCGUAAUUACACUGGCCUUUCUAGUUGAUGCAGUUCAUUUAUUUUGUAAUAAAAUCAUUUUUACAAAAAACAGCAUGCUGUGCUCUUUUCUGAAAAUAAGAAAGUGAAAAUUCAUUCUAACUUGUUUUCGCAUUUGUCUUGUCACAAAUCUCCAACAAUCUGCUGUCUGUUUCGCAGAGGAAACUCCAAGUUUAUCAAAGCAUCAUGAAAGCUGUUGUGCAGACUGUGCAAAAGGAAAGUUAGAUGCAAUUUUUUACCAUGUGCAGCCAUUUCUUUAAUCAUCAUUUCAAACUUCCGUGUGAAGUAAUCUGUUUGUCUUUCCUGUCAGUUGCUUUUUAAAGGUGCAUCUUCUGUUUUACUCCAAGUAUCUUCUUCCUCUUGGCUCCCGCAAUACAAUUAGCAAUGAGAAGCUGGAAAUUCCACCCUGACUAUCUGUUCCGUAAACAUGCCAGCAGCUAAACUGGUUCGCGGUACGGCUCAUGCAGAGGUCUAACCAGACUGUUUGCCUGGUCACAACAAAGACUAACACUCAGGUGAGAUGUGUUUGAUGAAAGCAGGGUGGUCUACAAAUACCAAACCUUUCCCGAGAUGUAAAGCAGUCAAAGCUUUGCGGACGAAAGUUAGAACAGAGUUCUGAAACUACAGCUACUUCCCCAUUUGAGUGUGAAACUCUUAAGCUAAUUUGUGUUAUGUGCAGCAUAGGCCAGGCUGUUGUCUCAAAAUCACCAAAAAGCUGUUGGGAAAAAUUACAAGCAUUCUUCCAUGUAGUUUCCCUCUAAAAAAAAAAAGAUGGGUGUUGUUCCAGUGAUAGGGUCACUCCACAGCAA